AUGUCGCUGUCUUUAAGUGCUCAAUUCCAUCAAGCGGAUAUCCCUGCCUAUGACGAUAUCUGCUGCAGUUUGACGGCAAAAACUUUUCAGGACUCGCAGGCUGAGUCGGAGGCCAGUCCGACGAUCGAGGGUUGUGUCGACGUCAAGAAUGUGAUGUGCGAUUUACUGUCGAAAAAAUGUGAAAAGGUUUGUUGGAAGUGUCAGACGCUCGAUGAGAAGUGGGAAGAAAAGGAACACUGUGAGGCAAUGGGAAUGAGAGAAGUUGCAACUUGGUUCUAUCGGAUAUCGGCCAGAUGUCAGUGGCAGGAGUCCUAG